GGGAGUUUUCUGCUUCGUCGUCAUCGAGUCAUGAGUAAUAUUAAACUAUUUAACUAUUUUAGUUUGUUCCAUUAGCAAUCAGACAACAAAAUCAUUUGAUAGUUUUUUUAUUACUUAUCAUAAAAAAAAGAUAAGUUCUUAUACUAGUACUGCUUAUCCACAGUCUAUAAUAUAAUUAAUUAUUUGUUAAGGUUAUUAGGAACUAUCAGUGAAAUAUUCUAAAAUUGUCCAACCGAUUUUGUUAUUUUUAAUGCAUGGGUUCGUGAUCACCGUUUGACUAUUGAUCGACUGAUGCUAAUUUGAAUCAUGUUAUUAUUGUAAAACAUUUAAAAUAGCAGAUGGUACAAAUAUUCAAUAAAAUAUAAAAAUGUUGAAGACACCAAUGAAAUUAGAUGAAAUGGAAAAAUUUUCAAAUGAACUAUAAAAUAAUUACGAAGUCAAUAUGCACUCUAAAACUAAGGGUAAAAUUGUAAGUUUUAAAAAUAUUACACGACGUAAAUCACGAUGCUAAAUAAAAGGUCAUAGAUUUCAUUAAGGUAAGCAAAUAAAGUACAUGAUGCAGCAAAGUAAACAAAAUCCAACAGGAUCGUGCAACCAAGAUAGUUAUCAAUACGUUGGUCCUUAUAGACUUGAAAAGACCUUAGGCAAGGGACAGACUGGUUUGGUAAAACUAGGGGUGCAUUGCGUUUCCGGAAAAAAAGUGGCAAUCAAGAUUAUCAACAGAGAAAAAUUAUCGGAAUCAGUGUUAAUUAAAGUAGAAAGGGAAAUUGCUAUUAUGAAGCUUAUAGAUCAUCCUCAUGUUCUGGGUCUAUCUGAUGUUUACGAAAAUAAGAAAUAUCUGUAUCUAGUUUUGGAACAUGUUUCUGGUGGUGAAUUGUUUGAUUAUUUAGUCAAGAAAGGAAGACUCACGCCUAAAGAAGCAAGACGAUUUUUCAGACAAAUAAUAUCAGCACUCGACUUCUGCCACAGUCACAGCAUAUGUCACCGUGAUUUAAAACCAGAAAAUUUACUUCUCGAUGAGAAAAAUAACAUUAAAAUAGCUGAUUUUGGAAUGGCUUCUUUACAACCAGCUGGUUCUAUGCUUGAAACAAGUUGUGGAUCACCUCAUUAUGCUUGCCCUGAAGUAAUUAGAGGAGAAAAAUAUGAUGGGAGAAAAGCCGAUGUUUGGUCUUGUGGAGUAAUUUUAUAUGCACUGCUUGUUGGAGCCUUACCGUUCGAUGACGACAAUUUAAGGCAAUUACUUGAAAAAGUAAAACGUGGUGUGUUUCAUAUCCCACAUUUUGUUCCUCCAGAUUGCCAAAGUCUUUUAAGGGGUAUGAUAGAAGUUAAUCCUGAAAAACGACUAACUUUAGCCGACAUAAACCGCCAUGUGUGGGUAACAGCAGCUGGAAAAGGAGAGUUAGAACUAGAACUUUCCAUGAUGGAUGUAGUACAAACGCAUGUUAUUCCGUCCGAAGAUGCUAUAGAUCCUGAUGUCCUACAAGCUAUAGCGAGCCUUGGCUGUUUUAAAGAACGAGAAAAACUCAUUAAAGAACUCCUUAGUCUGAACCACAAUACAGAAAAAGUAAUUUAUUUUCUACUUCUUGAAAGAAAACGUAAAAGACCGGCUUGUGAAGAUGAACUAGAAAUAAUGAAGAAUGCUGCAAGAGGUACGCUUAAUCAACAAGAAGAUCCACCAAAGAAACGCAUUGAUACUUGCCGGAUCAAUGGCAACAGUAAUUUUAAUUUAGGACAAAUAAGUCAUGGUUCGCCAUUAACACCCAGAAGACAAUCUAGCAUAAGGCAUCAUGCUAAAAGAUCUUCCAGUGGAACAUAUAUUAAUGUAACGAAUUACGUUACAUCAACACCGAAUACAUCACCACUUCAUGUAACAAAUGCAAUUGGCUGCCAUAAAACGGUAUCAUCUGCGCUAAAUACUCGAACAAAUAGUCCAAGACGAAUAUCUUCAUCCAAUGCUACUGGUCAUGAAAGUAUUAAUGAAUCAAAUUUAUCAACGCCUUCUUCUCUAACAAAUAUUGACGUUAACGAUGUUCAACCAGUUAUUAGCGUGAACGAUGUUCCUUCAGGAUCUCCUCACGCUGCAACCAGUUCAGGUGUACAUCAUUGGCGAUCAAGACUUAGUACAAUAAAGAAUUCUUUCCUUGGAAGUCCACGUUUCCAUAGACGCAAAUUAUUAACAAAUGUGGAUGACGUGAGCGUUCAACUUACUCCAGAAUCUUCGCCAGAAUUGACAAAAAAAUCUUGGUUUGGAAAUCUGAUGACUACCGAAAAAGAUGAAACAUAUACAGUAUUAGUAAAAGGGAAACCUAUCGCUACUCUUAAAGCUGAUUUGAUCCACGCCUUUCUUUCGAUAGCUGAACUAUCCCACAAUGUAAAUUCUCCUAUGUCAUUCAGAGUAGAAUACAGAAGAAACAGUACCGGGCCCGUAAUGUUUCAAAGGCAGGUCCGUUUUCAAGUUGAUAUAAGUGAAAUUUCCAAACAAUCAUCAGAUUCUCUUUUUGCAAUAACUUUUACACUCCACAAUGGAAACAUUCGACGGUUUCGAAGGAUAUGUGAACAUAUACAAUCCCAAGUUUGUGGAAAAAGCACAAUGAUUCAUCUUGGGGCAUGUUGCAAAGGGACCGUGUCAAGUCCUCGAUCAUCAAGAAAGCAUUCAUUAGAAAUGAGUGAAAGUUCUAGUUGCGGAAGUGAUACUAGCGAUAGGUUAUUGCUAACUUCCCAGUCUAUCACAAGACAAAUUAAUUCAGACCUGGAAUCGGAUCGUACAAAGUUUGAAUCUCAAUCUGCAGUAGAGGAAAACAAGAACUCUUCUUGCUCGACGUUGCCGAUUGAAAAUAAAGAUGCUAGAAUAAUAAACAGCCAGGCAAGUAGCGAUAAAAUUGAGGCAUACCAAAACAACAUGGAAGAGCAAUUCACGAAAACCCAGAGUGAUACCAACGUGGCGUGAUACAACCAAAUUUAUAUUCUUUUUCUUCAUCAUUCUAACAGAAGACUUUAUUAUUGUAUUUUUUCGACACUCCGUGCGCAAAGUGCGUCUUUCCCGCACGCUCGGCAGAAAACGUGCGUUGAAAAUCGCACUUUCCACACGUCGUAUCAAAAGAUACGGUACGGCACAUGUUCGGGAAAGAGUUUCUCGUCUCGUGUCCCCUUCCACCCUCGCUUCGCUCGGGUGUAAACGCCACACGAGACCAGAAUCUACUUUCCCGCACUUGUAUCGUAAUGUACUAUUAUUGUGUACUUUUCGUUUACUCCUAUAUUUGAGUUUGUAAAAAUUAUAUUUUAUUGAUGAAUGAAUCGGCUUCAUUUUAAAUGAAAUUGUAACAAGCUUCAAAAAUUUCACUAAAGUUUGCGCGUUUUUUAAUAGUGAAGAAUAUUUUAUGAUAUAAUUUACUGAAUUAAAUUGGAUAUUUUCAAACAGUUGUAUGGAAAUUCAUAUAUAUCUUAUAAUAUAACAACAGUAAUCAAGUAGGCAUACAUUAGAAAUUGAAAUUAGUAUUCAUUUCUAUUUUCUGUUAUAUAUAUAUAAGAAUCAUCGACGCCAAUAUUCGUAAUUAAAUUACCUGCAUCAAUAUUAUAAGUGUAUAAUAUAUACCUAUUUUUUUAAUGCUUUCACAAUCAUAGUUUAUCAAAUAAAGAAACACGUUGACACUUAUUAAUAAUGAAAACAUGAUAAGCUUUGCUUGAGUAUACUGCCUUUAUAAUAUUGAAUAUUGUAUUUUUCUCUUUUCAAAUGUAUUUAGAUUAUAAAUAAAAUGUUUUCUUACAACGGAUGAGAUUAAAACCUAAUAAAAUAUAUUUGUUAGUUUAUGAAACAUUUGAAAAAAUUUGAAUUUUUCUAUAAUUUCAUUUUGAAAAGCCAUCAAUGAAACUUUUUUAAUAUGUUAAUAAAAAUAUUAUACAAUAAGUAUAAAUAAAACAUUUUUUGACAAACUCAUCUCAAUAUUUGAAAUUUGAGACUGAGUUCCUCUGCAAAUAAAGUUUGUAUAAAAUUUUGAAAGUAUUGAUAAUUGACGAUGUAAGAAUUAAGAAAUUCAUAUCCUAAACUUUCGUUUUUUAUUUGAUCACUUACCGUAUUUUAUUUUUGUAAGAGAUUAGUUUUUUUGGGGGGGAUAAUGGAAAAGAGUUGCAUGAAACUACUCUUUUAAUACAAAAUCUGUGUAAC